AUGUAUGAGGAGAGCACAACGUCUUCAUCGUAAGUUUUUUUGAAAAAUAAUUGUACAAUCCGAAUCAGAUAAUCUCUUUUUUAGUGCACCAAAAAUGCCCGCCGCAACAAUCGAUCAAUUCGAUAUCAUCCGCCACAUUGGCAGCGGAGCGUACGGAGAGGUUAGAAUCGCAGACAUACGCAGAAAAAAGCCCGAUUCCUUCCCUUUUGAAUUUUGAAUUUGAAUUCAUUUAUUUACAAAAUUAGGGUUCCGACAUGUACAAGAGAGAAGAAGAGGGAAGGACUAGUGGAGAAUAAAUAGGGGAAAAACCUCGGACACUAUGACGUAAUUGGCAGGUUGCGGCUGUGCGCAAGAUCGAUGGAAAAGACAAGAAUGUGGUGUACGCAAUGAAAGUGAUGGACAAAAAACGAAUGAGCAGACAUAAGGACAUGGUUGAUGUGAGUAUUUUGACGUAGUAGUAAGAGAAAACAUUGACCAGCCCGGGCUUUUCAAGGGCCUGUCUGGGCUUGGACUUUUGAAGCACUGCAAUAUUCCGAUUGGACCUAAACUCUGCAGACUUCUUGGAAAUGGAUAGAAAUAUUUUAGGUACAAGUCUCAGCCCGAUUGAACUAUCUGGAUCGGAGAUAUAGUGAUAGACCGAGAAAAUCUGGGCUUCUAGGCCCUACAUCAGAAACCUCUGGACCAAUUCUUUCGAUCGGGCUGACCUUUAGGCCCAUAAAUUUUAAUCCGUGUCCAAGAAUUGUUUCGCCGACAUCAAAUGUUGGUCGUUCUUGGUAGCUCGGUCACUAAAUGAAAUAUGGUUCCAUUAGUACUGAAAAAAAAAUUUGACAGUUUUUUUAAAUGUAGCUAACACCAAAAGAAGUGAAGCGAAAUAAGUUGAGGCCUCAAGUUUGGUCCCUAACUGAUUUGUGAGAAAAAUGAUGUACUUUAAUCGUGUGUAGCUUUUUACGUUCUAUCCGAUGAUAUUAAUAUCUCACACACUAAUUUUUUAGUGACCGGCCUCCUUUAAGAGGAAACACAAAACAAACACGUUAAAAAAAGAGAACAUGCAAAUACCGAAAAAUUGAAUUGCUCAAUACGGUGCUUUUUGAGUUCAUUAUGUAUUUCUACAGCACGAAUGGAAAAUCUUGACAACCAUCAACAAUCCGUUUUUUGUGAGGAUGUCACACUCCUUUCAAACAAAUAGAAAAUUGGUGUUUGUGAUGCCAUUAGCUGGCGGAGGAGACAUGUUGUCAAUGGUCGAAAGGGAAUACUUGAAUGAGACUGAAGCUCAUUUCUAUCUUUGCGAGCUUGUCGAAGGUGUCAGUUAUCUUCAUGAAAAACGUGAGUUUUUCGACAGUUUCGUCACAUGAACUGUGUUUUUUUUUAGAUAUUCUUCACCGUGAUAUAAAGCUCGAAAAUUUGCUUAUUGGAAUGGAUGGACACUUGCUGCUUACCGAUUACGGACUAUCGGCUACUCACUGCGGUGGAGAUGAAGCAAUUGAAGGCUUGAUCGGUACAAGACGUACGUUUUUACAAUCAGUCACUCGGAAAAAAUUAACCGUUUCGUUUUCCAGACACAAUGGCCCCGGAGGUACAUUUGGGUAACAAGUACGGAUUGGCGUCCGACUGGUGGGCAGUGGGAAUCACCUACUGCGACAUGAGAAGCGACAAGUGUCUUUUCGACGGUGAAGAUAACAAAGAAUACGCAGACAACACAGCGAAGGUAUUCAAAUACAUUUAAAUCAAAUGAGACGAAGUGUUUAGAAACGCCCGAGGUUCCCUAAAAACUUGACACCCCACGAAAGAGGAUUUGUGAACAAAUUAAUUGUUCGAGAUCCGACCAAACGCCUGGGAAGUGGCCAGAAAGGAACGGCUGAAGUCAAAGCUCACUGCUUUUUCAAAACAGUCGUGUGGACUGAAGUUCUAGAAAAAAAGGUGUGUAUUUUUUCAAUAAUCCAGUUUUAACUUCAAAAAGCUCUUACUAUUCGUUGAGCUACUAUGUGAAUGGUAAUGCGCUCGGGAGAGUUACCACUGAAUUGACGCUGUUCCUUGGCUUUCACAUAAAAAUUACCCUUUUCAGUUGACACCUCCGUUCAUUCCGACUGCCGAACAGAUUGCGAAUCUUCUGUUUUUCCCAAAAGCUGCAAACGAGAAUAAGUUCCCAAAAUUCGAGUAUGUUUCCAAGCAACUGUUAAAAACACUAUGUUCUUUUUCAGAGAGAACGAAGUUCCAAUUUUAUGGGAUGAUGUCGACUACAUGGACCCUAGCCUGAUUUGA